AUGCCAACGGCAAUCUCCGAUACUGCGCAAAUGGCGGAGAACCCCACCAUUCUCUACCUGCGAGGCCUCGGCACGUCGCUCACCUCUACAUUGCGACUUCUAGCGUCCGUCGCCGCCGUCUCGAUGCGCAUACUGCUCGAGUACGUCCUGCAAGUCCUCCCGAGAUGCCGCCGGUUUGCCGCCGCCCGUCUCAACGAGGCCUACGCGGCGAAACGAGAGAUAAGGCAGCCACCCCGUAGCCUCAGAAAAACAGCUCGGUGUGUCACCGUGCUGAUGCGCCAGUGGGAGGUCUUUACGGUUCCCGGCAUCACCUUUGUGCUGCUAUACGUGUGCAUCACUAUAAGUCUCUUGCGUUUCUACCGCUUCCACAACAACCCUGAUAAUAUUCAGCUGUGGACCUACCAAGAGACGCACUUUGACCUCACAGCGAUGGGUCCCUCACUCGUCUCCCCUGUGCAUGACCCGCGCUCUUUGAGUCCGUACGGCCCGCGGUCGAGCCGCACGCUUGCGUACUUCUGCGGCAGACCCACGGCGAGCAGCUACGACGGCUACACCGGCGCGCCGCACGCGGCGUACAUCCACCACGACGUGGAGCGCGACCGCUACGUGCUGCGCACCUUCGGCCGCGGUGGCACGCGCGUGGACGAGCGGCGACGCAGCGGUGUGGGCCGCAGCACCUACGAGGCCUUCUGCGCCGCGCCGCGCCGCGUGCAGCUUGGCACGCCACUGGCGCCGUCACCGUGGCUCGACGGCGAGGCCAACUGGCAGCUGGGCGACGCCGGCGCAGCGCCGCGGCACGCCGUCAACGGCGCCUUCAGCUUUGCUGUGCAGCCCCUCGCCGUGCCGCACGCAGCGGCCGCGGCAGUAGCCAGCAAUGCCACCGCCAGCCGCAGCGCCGACGCGGACUUCACCAAGGCGGACCAGGGCCUGCGCACACACUACCGCCGCUACACGCGUGACGAGCUGCUGCAGCGCCACGCGCACCUCGACUUCAUCUACUCCUACGUCAACGGCAGCGACAUCACGCGCGGCUACACGAAGCCGUUUGCGAAGACGUGGGAGUGCUGGAACAUGAUCGCAUCGGUGCAGCUGCUGUGGGGCGAGAUGCAGCGUGCGGCCGACAUUGGCGUCGACGCACCGCCGCUGGCCGAGGACACCUUCAGCCGCCGCAUCGCGGUGUUGCUGUUUGUGUCGUCGUCGAGCCCGUGCGCCUUGUCGCAGCUGCUGGCCGACGUGGGCUCCGGCAAGGACGCGGUGCAGCGCGUGGAGGCGUCGCUCUGGUGGGCCGCCACGCACCCCAGCCAGCCCCACAUCGAGGGCGCGCCGCCGCCGCCGAAGAUGGCGCUGACGAACAUGGAGCUGCUGCGCGCCCUGGGUGCGGACCUGGAGAGCGUGAAGCCGGACGACAUCGACGUGGACUGCGACGAGCUGCGCCACGGCAUGCGCGGGCUGCUGCUCCACACGCGCAGCUGGCACCGCGGUCGCAUGACCGUCGUGACGCCGUACGGCAACGUGCCGCUGUGGCUGAACCAGAGCCGGAACUUCUUCAUGCGCUCCCUCUAUGCCGCUGCUACUGCGCCCACGGCGCGCGCUGAGGCGGCGAGUGGUGCCGCUGACGGCGGCGAUGCGAGCGUGCUGGGCACGGCGGAGGCGCGCUUCGUGAGGGAGGCCCACACCGGCAAGCUGCACUACACGCGCAUCCACAUCGUGGACCAGCGCGCGUUGAUGCCGCCCGCGCCGCUGACGACCGUGAACAGCUACACUGUCGAGUCCUUCGUGUACCGACUGCGCAACGCCUCCUCCAUCUUCAUCUACAUGAACGAUGACUACCUCGUCAUGAAGGACGUCGACAUCACCGACUUGGUGAACGUCUAUGGAGGGCCGGUCCUGCGAAUUUCACAGUCUGCCAAGACACUAAAGGAUGAACUGUGCACAGCUGGUUUUCAGCGUGGAAUCCCGCAAAACACGAAGCCGCGU